ACACCUUCCAUCUUUGCGUCUGUUCUAAGUGAAAGUAGUCCCAGCAUUUCUCUGUAAAGAUGGAUCACCAGGAGAACCGCAAAUCCAAGGAGAAAACCUUCCUUUUCACAUCUGAAUCUGUGGGAGAGGGACACUCUGAUAAAAUGUGUGAUCAAAUUAGUGAUGCAGUUCUGGAUGCUUACCUGUCUCAGGACCCUGACUCCAAAGUAGCAUGUGAAUGCGUGGCAAAGACGGGUAUGAUCCUUCUGUGUGGAGAGGUGACAUCAAAGGCAGUUGUUGAUAUUCAGAGGGUGGUCAGAGAUACCGUAAAGAAAAUUGGAUAUGAUUGUUCAGCCAAAGGCUUUGAUUAUAAGACCUGCAAUGUCCUUUUGGCCUUACAACCACAAUGUCCUGAAAUAACCGACUGUGUUUUUGAGGGGAGAAAUGAAGAGGAUGUUGGUGCUGGUGAUCAAGGCGUGAUGUUUGGCUAUGCAACAGAUGAAACCGAGGAGUGCAUGCCACUGACCAUUCUCAUGGCUCAUCGACUCAAUGCUAAAAUGAAAGAGCUGUCAAAAACGGAAUGUCCCUGGAUUAUGCCUGACUCAAAAUCACAGGUUACAGUGGAAUAUCGCGACAACAUGGGUUCCAUGGAACCCCUCCGUGUUCACACCGUGGUCAUCUCAGUCCAACAUACUCUUGACAUCACUGUGCAGGAGAUCAGACAGCAGCUUUUGGAAAAGGUUGUUAAGGCAGUGAUUCCAGCCAGAUACCUUGACAACAGGACCAUCUAUCACCUUUUACCCAGUGGGAAGUUUCUGGAAGGUGGACCAAGGGCCGAUGCUGGCCUCACCGGCAGAAAGAUAAUUGUGGACACAUAUGGUGGAUGGGGAGCUCAUGGAGGAGGGGCUUUCUCCGGGAAAGACUACUCCAAAGUGGAUCGCUCUGGGGCCUAUGCAGCCCGCUGGGUAGCCAAGUCUCUGGUGAAAGCAAAGCUGUGCAAGCGGGUCUUAGUUCAGAUAUCCUAUGCCAUUGGGUUGAGCCUUCCUUUAUCCAUAUCUGUUUUUCACUAUGGCACUUCUACAUUGGAUGAGGAUGAACUACUACAAAUUGUGAACAAGAACUUCGACUUGAGACCAGGAGUGAUUGUUAAGGAGCUGGGUCUGAAAAAACCCAUCUACCAAGCCACUGCCUGCUAUGGACAUUUUGGAAGGGAUGAGUUUCCAUGGGAGAAGCCAAAAACCCUUGUGCUCUAAAAUGUCAAGAAAAAAACUCCCAAUAUCAGCAUUAAUCAUUUGUAACGAGUUGUUAAGAAGCAACAUGUCAAAUUGUAGCCUAUGAUAUAAAUAUGAAACAAUAUUGUGCAUUUUUAAAGAUAUUUAGGCCUUUUUGCUUUUUAUUUGUUCUAUUUCUUGAUGUGUAGGCUAGGCUAUAGUGUAAAUUAUUUGACCAGCCGCAUCUUAAAAAUAUUUGCACACCAUUUGUCUAUGUAGCCUAGGCUAGGCCUACAGUGAAAUCAUGCAGCUUUAACAUUAAGUCAUGACCUUGAAAUAUAGGUUGAAUUAAAGUCCUUAACAAGGGUAAACCAUGUGAUGUGACACUGUGAUCUGAAUAGGCAUAGACAGUAAAAGAUAAUAGGCCUACAUUAAUGUCCCUUUACUGUCAUGUAGGUAGGCCCAGAACCAUAGAAAAAGAGUCGUGACACUCUUUGAUGUCGCCGCCAGGCGGUCACAUGGUUCACGUACGCUUCAACAGUUCCGAACAGCUCUCUGCGUGUCUUGUUAUUUCAAUGGGAUAGAUAGCAGCGAGUGCGUUAUUGAACGGGAAACAUUAGAACAAACCAAAAACGAGUGUUAUUACGUGUUAGCAUGCUUACAUUAUAGUGUCAAUUACAUAUUGCAAGUAUAAUUGGUCUGCAACGUCGAUCUAAAAUAUGUCCUUUGGUAGUUCUAACAUAUGAACGUUUGUUUCCUUGCUGGACAUGAGCCUUUAUUGGAUUCCUACAUUUGCCUGUAUCACGCUACAUAUACUUUACUUAUAUUGUCAAAAUGUAUGCAUUUUGUAUCCUGUUUGUGUGUGGACAUGUCCUUUCCAGUUCGUUUGGUCAAAGUCCUUUUGGGCAAGUCCCUCCACUCGGCGGCCAUAUUGCAGCGCUUUUUGGGGACUUAUCGGGCAUCUAUAUCGGCAGAAAUGCGCAUGCGCAAGGCUUCACGACAUCAACCUUGC